AUGGUGAAGCCGGAUGAGUACGCUCACAAUGUACUAUCGCUACAGAAGCAGCGGUACCAGUUUUGGUACACCUGUGACCUAGGGCAAUUCACUUGGGACUUCUCCAUUUUUGCAAAGGCCUUUUGCUACCACUUGGAAUGCAACCCAAGAUCUUUGGAUGAUUUGAAGAGAAACUUGACGAAGGACAUUGAAUUGAUGUCCUUUGGGCAUCUACAAAAACUAAAGAUUUAUGGAAAUCUCGAGGACCCUCUUGAGAAGACAGAGCUUACCCAGACACAAACCUUUAAGAAGGUCCUUUAUGACAGAGAUUGUCUCGAGGCAAUAAGACGGGCUCAGCCGCUGGCAGAUUGUUUGUAUAACCUUGCUAAUUAUGAGACCUUCACGCACGAGUCAGUCGAUGACUUGGAGGAAGAGGAAGAGAAAGAGGAAGAGGAAGAUGCUUGCGACUCUUAUGAACAGUAUGAAUCAGUCCGAGACAAGGCUGUGGAGAUCAUCGAGGAGUUUUACUCCUGUGGUGCGUACUUUGAAGGGCUUGAACAUCAAAUUGAGCUUCUAAGUUGUUACGACUUGGAUGAAGUCAUGGAUGUCCUGACAGCCCACAAGGAUGCAUCUUCAAGUGGGGCAGCAUAUCCUCCCCGCCCAACCGAAUGGACGCCGAAAGAAAGUGCUACUGCUGAAGAUCUUAUCGACAACCGCAAGACCAAACUGAAUCUCCCAACUGAGGUGAUCAGCGUCAUUAGCCGCGCUGCCAUGAGGUUGAAGAAGGACAAGUCUGAGAGUUUUCCUUCUGAAGUAUAUGUGAAGAUGCUGCAGGAGUUGGGAUUCUACUUUACAGCCAAGAAAUAUGAAGACACCUUUGCAAUUUGCAAGGAAAAGGCUGUCAAAGUCCAUGUGGAUAAGCUGGAGAAGUACUAUUUUGUAAGUGAGGGAGUGUUGGGCGCCAGUCCGGAUGAUGCCGCUGAUGUUGAGAAGCAGAUCAGGGAUCGGUGUGCAGAGCUAUGCCUCAACAUGGAUGACUUGGAGGUGAUUCGCGAUCAGAUGCGUGUCUGUGUGACCCAGGGCAGCUUCUGGGUGGUCGUGGUGUCCCCUGUGAAGCUGAAAGCCAGUGGAUUGAAGUCGAUCCUUGAGGACUUCGUCGACCAUCGAAGGGGAACAUCUUUGGGCUGGGCAUGUGCUGAAGCCCCAUGCCAGGUGCCAGAUUUUGCAGCAGCAGGAUUUCAGAACGUGGUGAACCUGGUGGAAGGUCUACGUGCAGAAAUCCAGGUUCCAAACUUAGUGCUGCUGAGAGGGUCCUUCUUCAAGGACCUUGCGAGGCAGCUCAUCCAGAGAAAUGGCGAAGAGGCUGCAGAAUGGCAGUUGCGUGCAGUCAACAACUACAGAGAUUUGGAAGGAGACGACUGGUUGAACCCUCACUGCAGUGCCGACCUGCAUUUUGUGCAAAGCCUCCACUGGCCGACACUGCCCUGGAAAGCGCCCGAGCUAUUGGAGCGAUUGAAGACCUUUGCAGGUCUCAGGCCUCAGAGUCAAGUUCUGCAUGCAGUUGCCUUCCUGAUUCAUGCGAUCCAGAAAGAUCCGGAGUGGCAGAGCAUGAGCCUGGACACCAUGAUGCAGGUCCUGAGCGAUACCGCUGCCGAGCCCAGUGAGGUCUUGAGGAAGGUGGUCAAGGCCUGUUGCGGAGUUGCAGCACAGACACGUGCAGAGAUCGACCGAGCAGGCCGGUCUGCGCUGCACCGCGCUGCCUUCAACGGAGAAAUGGAUGAGGUGGAGCGACUGCUGAUAGCAGGUCUUGACAUCGAGGCUAAAGACGACAGUCGGACGCCUCUCAACAUUGCGGCGGAAAUGGGCCAUUGGAAGGUGGUGCAGCGGCUCAUUGACGCCAGGGCGGACCUCGAGGCCCAGGACGAUGGGUGUCCGACGCCUCUCAACAUUGCGGCCGAAGAGGGCCACUCGGAGGUGGCGCAGCGGCUCAUCGAGGCCAGGGCAGACCUCGAGGCAAAGGGCCCUUUGGGUCGGACGCCACUCCACUGGGCGGCCCGUGAGGGCCACUGUGAGAUGGCGCAGCGGCUCAUCGACGCCAGGGCCGAUCUCGAGGCCAAGGACAACCAUGGCCCGGGCGCCUGA